CCAGUCCACCCGCAGCACCCUGACUGCAGGUGCCAAGUCACAACUGCAAAGAAACUUCCUCUUCUCCAGCGGGGGUGGGACUUGGCCGGGUCCCGAGGCCCCCGGCUGGCGGGCUCGGACGUUAGGAGCAGAACCAGCUCCAGGUCCCGGUCUGUCCGGGCGUCGCUGCCCUCCGAAGCUCAGGCCGGACGCCCCCAGUCCCUGGCCGAGCAAGGCGCCGCGGCCCACCCACCCCGGUACCCGCCGUUCGACCCCGUUGCCCUGCACCUGAGGAUGUUGUCAGCAUAGGUCCUUGAUUAUCGGUGAGUCACUGAGGUUCCGAGAGAAGCGUCUCUGCUAAGGAAAACAGCCACCCAGCCGCCUCCCAAGGUCUGACCUCCGCCAAGGUGACGCGGCGUAAAGCCAAUCGGCGGAAGGGGAGUCGAACGGGAAGCGUGCGCGGGAGCGCGCAUGAGCGUACGUGCGCGUGCGCGUGCGCUCGAGCGCGUCAUCGCCUAGGACAGUGGCGAGUGUGUCUGGAGCUGUAAACGUGUUACAGGAAUGUAUUUCUGAUCAUCUGAAUCUCAAUCAUGUCCAAUUGCCUGCAAAAUUUCCUGAAAAUUACAAGCACUCGUCUUCUGUGUUCAAGAUUAUGCCAACAGGUAACAAGAAGUAAAAGGAAGUUUUUCGGAACUGAGCCAAUAUUCAGAUUGCAUAGGCGAGUUGUCAUUACCGGUAUUGGCUUAGUGACUCCUCUUGGUGUUGGAACUCACUUGGUUUGGGAUCGUCUUAUCGCAGGAGAGAGUGGAAUUGUUUCACUGGUUGGUGAAGAGUAUAAGAGUAUCCCUUGCAGUGUUGCUGCUUAUGUGCCAAGAGGCAGUGAUGAAGGUCAGUUCAAUGAACAAAACUUUGUGUCCAAAUCAGAUAUCAAGUCCAUGUCUUCUCCCACCAUCAUGGCCAUUGGGGCUGCAGAAUUAGCCAUGAAGGAUUCUGGCUGGCAUCCUCAGUCAGAAGCUGAUCAAGUAGCUACUGGUGUUGCAAUUGGCAUGGGAAUGAUUCCUCUUGAAGUUGUUUCUGAAACUGCUUUGAAUUUUCAGACAAAAGGUUACAAUAGAAUUAGCCCAUUUUUUGUCCCUAAGAUUCUGAUCAAUAUGGCAGCAGGCCAGGUCAGCAUUCGAUAUAAACUCAAGGGCCCAAAUCAUGCGGUAUCCACAGCCUGUACCACAGGAGCUCAUGCUGUGGGAGACUCUUUUAGAUUUAUAGCCCGUGGUGAUGCUGAUGUGAUGGUGGCUGGAGGUACAGAUUCUUGUAUUAGCCCUUUAUCUCUUGCUGGGUUUUCCAGAGCCCGGGCUCUGAGCACAAACUCAGAUCCCAAGUUGGCCUGUCGACCUUUUCAUCCAAAGAGAGAUGGUUUUGUAAUGGGAGAAGGUGCAGCUGUGCUGGUGCUGGAAGAAUAUGAACAUGCUGUUCAAAGAAGAGCCCGGAUCUAUGCAGAAGUUUUGGGCUAUGGACUCUCAGGUGAUGCUGGUCACAUAACUGCCCCUGAUCCUGAAGGAGAAGGUGCCUUAAGGUGUAUGGCUGCUGCUUUAAAAGAUGCAGGUUUACAGCCUGAAGAGAUAUCCUAUAUAAAUGCACAUGCUACUUCCACACCAUUGGGAGAUGCUGCUGAAAACAAAGCAAUCAAACAUCUCUUCAAAGACCAUGCAUAUGCCCUUGCAGUUUCCUCAACUAAGGGAGCAACAGGACAUCUGCUGGGAGCUGCAGGGGCGGCCGAGGCAGCUUUUACCACAUUAGCUUGUUAUUAUCAAAAACUACCACCUACUUUAAACCUGGAUUGUACAGAACCAGAAUUUGAUCUCAACUAUGUUCCACUAAAGGCACAGGAAUGGAAAACUGAGAAAAGAUUUAUUGGCCUCACCAAUUCCUUUGGUUUUGGUGGUACUAAUGCAACACUUUGUAUUGCUGGAAUGUAGAACAAAUCAUUUGUAAUUAAAUACUGAUUUUUAAAUGUUU